AUGACAACAUUUGCAUCUGAUUGGCGUUUCAAAAACUAUUCUGAUUGGCACGAAAAUUUGGUUCCAAAUGGCAAGAAGACGGCAAAUAGACUAUACGACGAAUAUCACUCUGAUUUGGUCAAGAUAAAGGCGUACUCGGGCAGUCCUCAUACCAUCAAGGGUUUUGUUGGCCGAUUAUUGAAUGAAAAGGAAAAAAACUAUGAUCAAGAGCCAGUCAAGACAACUACCAUUUACAAAGACAGCAUUGUGGGGGGCCACAACAAUACUCUGAUUCACACGCAUGACCAAGGUCAAUCUUCAGGCAAAUCCGACGGCAAUAGUGAUGAUCAGUCGUACCACACUCAGAAAGAUGAUGCCACCAGUCAAGCUACCCCUGAUGUGCGUCGUCCUCCUCUCAAUUCAGCCAACUACAAUACCACAAGCAACUCCGGUCCCUCUAAUAGCUACGACGACGAACUUGACUAUGAAGCCACUCCAAACACCAUUGAUACCCAUCCUGAUGCCGACGAUCAAUAUGUCUUUGAUUUUGUGAAAACCAACAACUUGACAGUAGAAUCUGACUCUUAUCUUAUCCUUUCGAUGUCAUCAAUUCUUCUGCUGCAAAACAACAAUCGACUUAACCAUGCCAUGAUUCCCUUUUUUGGAGACAAACUCUACAGCAAAAUCUGCAAGCACAACCUUGGCGAAUGGAACAUGACUCUCAAAUUCCCUGGAAAUGUCUUGCUGGAAUCUAUCAUCAUUGCACAGAACCUGUAUGACGAAACCACUGAUCGAAUCAAUGCGUGUGCUUCACUACUUAUCCUGGCAAGCACCAUUGAUGAUCCUAUCGACAAAAGGCUACUGGUCUCGGGCGUCCUACUAUUAGUUGUCUAA